AUGGAUCUCGAGGCGAGUGCGGUGGCCGCCGAGGCGCAGUGGAACGACACGGACGCGUCGCACCUUGACGUGACGGACCUCUCUGGUCCUUUCGAGGGGCCUGAGAAGCUCCUGGAGCUGUGGUUCGCGCCGUCCGUGAUGGAGCUGCCCGAGUGCGCAGACUACGCCGCGAACGGCGCACCGGUCGGCCGUGUGGGCCUGCGGCGCGUGCCGCGCAGCACCUGGGAAGGCAUGCUAGACCUGGUCAAGUGCAAGACGCUGAGCGUGGAGACGAGCGCAGAGAUGGAUGCGUACCUGCUCAGUGAAUCGUCCAUGUUUGUAUACCCCCACAAGAUUGUGCUCAAGACAUGUGGCACGACGACGCUCCUCCUGGGCCUCGACCGCCUGCUGCGCAUCGCCAAGACGGCGCUCUUUGACGACGAGAGUGUGCAGUAUGGCUCGUCCGUCUCGAGCACCGUGCUCUCCCAGGCGGUCGCAACCGACGUCGAGCCCAAGCAGCUCGGCGCGACGGUCUACCGCUGCUUUUACUCGCGCAAGAGCUUCAUGUUCCCGGAGAAGCAGCAGGGGCCGCACCGCGACUGGAUGCUCGAGACAGAACUCCUCGACAAGUACUUUGAGAACGGUGCGGCGUACACGGUCGGCAAGAUGAACGGCGACCACUGGCUCCUCUACAUGGCCGCGCACGAUGCUCCGGCGCACGAUGGCCCGGCGCCGCCGCAGCGGGCAAACAGCGCCGACAUGACGCUUGAAAUCCUCAUGACUGAGCUCUCGGCCAAGGCGCGCAAGCAGUUUGUCUUUGACGUGCUCCCAGACGGCCGGACGGCGCUGUCCAACGGCCAGGUGCCGGACAUUGGCGCGGCGCUCGACCACGGCCACGCGCUCGGCAAGGAGCUCUCGAGCCACAUUGGUCUCUCGCACCUCUUUCCCAGCACGCAGCUCGACGCCUUCGCGUUUGAGCCGUGCGGCUACUCGGCCAACGCUCUGGUGCCGGCAUGCCCGGCGCACUCGGCCGGCUACUGGACGGUGCACGUCACGCCGGAGGACGGCAGCAGCUACGCGAGCUUUGAGACGAACAUUGCGCUCGACUGCGACGAGCCGUCGGCCGCCGAGGCGCAACAGCCGCACGCCGCACACGUCCACACGCUCGUUCAGCGUGUCGUGGACAUGUUUGAGCCGGGGAGCUUUACGCUGACGCUCUUUGUGUCGGACGAGGGCACGGACGCGUCGCCGCUGCGCAUGCUCGAGCUCGAGCACUACCGCAAGAGCGACCGCAUUCUAUACGAGUUCGAGGGGUACAACCUUUUGUUCCUCUCUUUCCAACGGACGUAG